UUCCUUGUUUUGUGUCCUCAAGAUUCAAGACAGGACCGUUCGGAGACCGACUACGAAAUUUACUCGAUUCUCUGUGACGUCAACAGGAAGAUGCGACAUCACUUAUGCCGAUGUCAACGAGGAAAUGUCAUUUUGCAGGUUGCACUAAAGUGUCGUUGAAGGGAAAAAACACAACAAGAGUCUUUUUUUUUUUUUUUUUUCCCCCUGUGUGGUGCGAGGAGGAGGAGGAGGAGGAGGCUGUUUGUUGACAUAGAGACCCCCUCUCACCCUCGGCGUUUUCUCCACACCGACGCGCGUUCGCUUCAAGCUCUCUCUCGGCCGGGGAGGAUCCAACCGAACGAGCACGUGAUGUUGGGCUGCACCAACCGGAGGAUGUGGUCUCGGCAAGGGUCGCCGGCCCUCCGAAUGGCGUCUCCUUGACCCCCCCCCCCUUCUCCCUGCUCCCACGACGACCGUCGGCCCCGCCCACCCCACCCCACCCCACCUCACCUCAACUUCCUGCCAUGAUGCCGACCGGGGACCGUCUGCUGUCCCUCACCGUGACUCUGCUGGGCUUUCUGGGCCCUUCCGCGAUCGGGCUGACCCCCAGGGUGUCCUUCCCGAUGGGUAGUCCCGGGAGACGCCUCACCCGCUUCGGCGGCGCCGACGUGGGCAACGCCACCACGCUGCUGCUGGGCGACGGCGGCGACACGCUCUACGUGGGAGCCCGCGACGCCGUGCUGGCGCUGGACGUCGGCCACCAGGACGCCAUGGUGCUGAGGAACAAGCUGGACUGGAGGCCGUCGGAGAAAGACCUGGAGCAGUGUUCCAUGAAGGGCAAGAAGAUGACGGACUGUCCCAAUUUUAUCCGCGUGCUGCUGUUCCUCAACGCCACUCAUAUCUACGCUUGUGGGACUUUUGCCUUCAGUCCACGUUGUAUCUACAUUAACUCUGAGACGUUAACGGUGAGCCUCAAGCCCGACGAGGGACGGGGUCGCUGCCCCUACGAUCCCUACCAACGUAACACCGCUAUCGUUGUUGACGGCGAGCUGUACACGGGCACGGUGGCCGACUACCGGGGCAACUGGCCGCUCAUUUCCCGCCACCUCAGCGAAGGGUCGCGCGUGGACCUCAAGCUGGACGACACGCUAGGAUGGCUGGAGGAUCCGACCUUCAUCAGCUCCUCCUUCAUCCCCGACGAGGGCAAAAUCUACUUCUUCUUCAGCGAAGUGGGUCGAGAGUACGACUUCAUCGACAAGUUCAUCGUCUCGCGGGUUUCCCAAGUCUGCACGAGCGACGUCGGAGGGCAGCGGACGCUCCAGCGGCGUUGGACCACCUUCGCCAAAGCGCAGCUGCUGUGCCAGGCGCCCGGCGAGCUGCCCUACAACGUCGUCCAGGACAUCGACAGUCUGCCGCCGGCCGAGGGCGCGCCGGCCGACGACACGCUUUUCUACGGCAUCUUCACCUCUCAGUGGUCGGUCAACUCGGGACUGUCGGCCGUGUGCGCGUUCAGCUUGUCGGCCAUCAAGUCGGCCUUCUCGGGCGGCUACAAGGUGCUGAACCGCGACACGCUGCAGUGGAGCACGCGGGUGCAAGAGAGGGUGGCCAACCCGGGGGAGUGCGGCCUGCACAACGCGUCGGACAACGCCCUGCGCUACGUCAAGGAGAACUUUCUGGCGGACGACAGCGUGCGACCGGCGGGCGGGGGUCUCACGUUGGUCUCCGCCGAGCACCGCUACACCCACCUGGCCGUGCAGAGGGUGCGGGCGGCCGACGGCGCGGAGUACGCGGUCCUCUUUCUCCUCACGGAGUCGGGGUACCUUCACAAAGCGGUGCUGCUGCAGAGCGGGGCGCACGUGGUGGAGGAGGUGCAGGUCUUCCGCCAGCCGCAGCGCGUCAAGAGCCUCAAGCUAUCUGCUGCCAAGGGCUUGAUCUACGUGGGCACGUCCGAGGGCGUGGUGAGGGUCCCGGUGGCCAACUGCUCUUUUUACUGGACCUGCGCUCACUGCGUCCUCGCCCGGGACCCCUUCUGCGGCUGGGACGCCGCCCGCCGGGCGUGUGUGGGCGUCUCCGCCGCCCCCCUGGGCCAGGACGUGGCGGGCGGCAACGUGGAGAAGGCGUGCCAGAACGUGGCGCUGAUGCACACGGCCCGCUUCGGGACAAACAACCUGCCUGCGGCUCCCUGUCCGGCAGGCGAGCCGGUGCCGGUGUCGCUGCACGAGGUGGUGCGUCUCCCGUGCCCGGCGGCGUCGCGCCUCUCCCGCCAGUCGUGGGAGCGCCCCAACAGCCGCCUGUCCCCGGAGCUCUACCUGCACCUGGACGACGGCAGCCUGAGCUUCGUGGCCACGCCCGCCACCCUGGGCCACUACCUGUGCCUGUCGGCCGAGAACGGCUUCCGGCAGGCCGUGGCCGUCUACCACGUCAAGCAGAAGAGCGGACCCCCGCCCGCCCGACCCGACGGACCCGAGUCCGCGUCGGCCGCCGCCGGGCAGCCGGGGCCCGACUUGACUUUGUGGAUGGUGAAAGCGGCACCCGGAGAGGCCGCCUUCCGCGACGGGGACCCCCAGACGUCGGCUCGGACCCCCUCCUACCUGAAGGAGCUCGUGACCGUGUCGGUCCUCUUGGCGCUUUGCCUCGGCGCGCUCACCCUCCUCCUCCUCUACGUGCUCAAACAGCGGUGGCGGAGCCGCACCGCCCCGCAGCAGGUGGCGGCGGAAUCGGACAGGCGGACCCCCGUCGAGCGCGAGGCCCUCCGCGGGGGGCCGGCGCAGGGCGAGCGCAACGGACACGUCCAGGGCGCGCUCUCCAACGGACACUUGCCCAACACGCCCAUCUGAGCAACUCCCGACGUUACUGCGCUUUAUUAAAUCAUUUGAUAAUUUUGA